GAAAUCGUUCAAUUUACACUUUACUUGAUUACUGAUCUCAAAAGUCAAUAGUUGCAAUAAUUUAGAUUAAACGAAAAUCGAUUGGAUUAUGAGAUAUUAGAGUAUAAAAUUUUAAGAGAAAGUAAUUUAUAGAUUUACAAUAUUAGUAAACAAUGGAGUGUGAAGAUAAGUCUAUGGAGCGACAGAAGCUCGUUCAGAAUGAUGAAGAAGAGGAUGUCACACUCCCAACCAGUGUAACAACUCAAUCGAAAACUCCAAUUAGUCCCCCAAAUGUCUAUUCUGGAAGUGACUCACACUCACAAUCACUCGGGAAGACAAGCAGUGAAGCGAAAUUAAGUUUCGUCAAUGAGAGAAAAACUAUUGAAAUAGAAAAUGCCAGGAAAGCUAGUGUGGAACGGAAAAAGAAAAUGCUCAAAGACCCUGAGUUAGCGCCGGAAGAUAGUAAUAAUUUAAUAGAUUUAAAGCGUGAAGAUCAAGUAGAACUUGAAAAGCAUGAUAAACCAAAUUCCUUAUCCUCACAAAAAUCACACGUAUCGCUUCCUUUGCCAAGCACUUCUAGUUAUCCUUUGCUUAAUAAAGCAACCUCGAAACAUAGUGUUUCGAGUAGUUUAAAAAAUUUUACAUCACGUAAUAUAAAGCAUCAUACUUUUGAUUCAGGCUUUCAAGAUGUCAAAAAUAUGGAGAAAAAUCUUAUAUCGCUGCUUGAUGAUUUUCAUAAUGGAAAACUUCGAGCAUUUUCAGGAAGUUCAAUGAACCAGAUGAAAAAUAUUCGGGAUCAACAAGAGAAGCUGUCAAAAUUGCAUUUUGAUCUAGGUACGAGUUCAAAUGAAAGUAAAAGUUCAGAUCACAUGGCACAACUAGUUCAACGACUGAACGAAAUUUCUCAAUCAAUAGAGAAGUUAAAUUCAUCAAAUGUGGAAUAGAAAUUUAAAUACCUUUUUUUUUAUAUCCCAAAUUGACAUUUA